UAUGUCAUGUGCUUUUAUCUCUAAAGCUAAAUUUUCUAAAACUAAAUAUUAUUUAUACUGGUAAAGAGCAAAAAGUAAAAUUUGUAAUGUUAUAAGAUUCAAGUAAUCUACAGUGUUUUCUAACAUCUGCUAAAACAUUGAAUUAUUUUGAGCAUUAUGCGUAUCUUCAAGGUGUAGUAACAAUUACUUGUAUAGGAAAGGGAUUUAACAGGCAUUUUCCUGUAAAUCUAGAUAUGGACAUCUAUUGAAAUUUUUCUGACGUGUGUUUGAUGUUCAUUUCUCUUAGAAUGUGUUACUUUGCUGAAACCAGAUUCAAAGGCUAGGUCGAUUGAUCCCCUGCAAGAUACACUUGAAGGUUAAGUAACUACAGAUCUCAUCUAAUCCCAUGUAAUCUGCUGUUACUAAAUGGCCGUUUGUAUUCCUGGCACACCAGUUUCUGAAUGCUUAGGAUUUGGUUUUUACCUUUUGUCCAAAUAACCUCUAAAAGGAACCAUGCGUCUCUUUGCAAGUCUGUGCAUUGCACUUAGCUUUUUGGAAAGAGUGAGCUGUUCGUGUCCUUCACAGUGCACCUGUGAUUAUCAUGGCAGAAAUGACGGCAUGGGAUCAAGGUCUGUGCUAUGUAGUGACCUGGACAUGAACGAGGUACCUACAAACUUCCCCGUGGACACUGUGAAGCUUCGCAUAGAGAAGACUGUUGUCCAUAGGAUCCCCGCCGAGGCCUUCUACUACCUGGUGGAGCUCCAGUACCUCUGGUUGACCUAUAAUUCUGUGGCCAGCCUUGACACCAGCAGCUUUUACAACCUAAAGCAGCUGCAUGAGUUGCGCUUGGAUGGAAAUUCUCUGGUUGCUUUCCCUUGGACAUCUCUGAGGGACAUGCCCCGUCUGAGGACCCUGGAUUUGCACAAUAACAGAAUAACCAGUGUGCCAAACGAGGCGGUCACAUAUCUGAAGAACCUUGCCUACUUGGAUUUAUCGAGCAACAGAUUAACCACACUGCCGCCAGAUUUCCUGGAGAGCUGGUCCCACUUAGUUACAACAUCAUCCAGAAGCCUGGACCUUUCAGCAAGAAGAAUUAUUCUUGGCCUGCAGGACAACCCAUGGUUCUGUGACUGUCACAUUUCCAAAAUAAUGGCAUUGUCAAAAGUUGCUGACCCUGUGGUAGUACUUCUGGACCCACUGAUGGUUUGUAGUGAACCGGAACGCCUCACAGGGAUUUCGUUUCAGCGGGCUGAGCUGGAGCAGUGUCUGAAGCCAUCGGUGAUGACCUCGGCCACCCAGAUCACGUCUGCUCUGGGCAGUAAUGUUCUGCUGCGGUGUGAUACCACUGGCUACCCUACCCCGCAGCUCACCUGGACCAGACCAGACAGCUCGCCAGUUAAUUAUACAGUAAUUCAGGAAUCUCCAGGGGAGGGAGUCAGAUGGUCCAUAAUAAGCUUGACAGGCAUUUCUUACAUGGAUGCUGGGGAUUACAAAUGUAAGGCCAAAAAUUUGGCUGGGAUGGCAGAAGCUGUGGUUACUGUGACAGUGGUUGGUGUUGUCAUGACCACCGUAUCAUCAGAAACUUCUGAAAGAGGAACUGGGGAUCACCUUGAGCAAGAGGUCCAGCUGAGAUCUAGAACAUCUGCAACUCUACCUGGUUCAUCAUUGUCUCCCUGGCCUUAUUCCUCCUCUUCUUCCUUCCCAGCUUCUUCCACUUUUCUUCCUACUUCUACUUCAUCUCCUCCCUCCACUGCUUCCUUCUCCUUAUCUCCUUUCUUUUCCUCCAUUGUUUCUUCAGCCACAACUCCAAGCACUAGAAUAUCUACAAGCACUACCAUGGCCAGCCAUCAGUCACUCCACCCAGAUGGGAAAAGAAAUGUCAAGGUGGAGAUGGGUAGCGGUAAGCUUCCCCCAGCUAGUGCAAGUAAAAGAGAAGAGUUGGCAUUGUUGGAUCAAGCCCUGCUGAUGGAAACGAAUGCCACAAUAGAAAAUCUCCAGGUAGUCAGCGAAACCGAAGAAAGCGUGAUCUUGAUGUGGAACACCAUUAACACCACGCAGAAUUUGGAAGUGACUGUGUUGUAUUCCAAGUAUGGUGAGAAGGACCUGCUGCUGCUUAAUGCAGACUCCAGCAAGAACCAAGUCACCAUAAGUGGCUUGUUGCCUGGUCGGCAAUAUAUAGCAUGUGUCUGUCCAAAAGGAAUGCCUCCCCAGAAAGACCAAUGUAUCACCUUUUCUACUGACAGAAUUGAAGAAGAAGGUGAUUCCCAAGGGUCUUUCCUUAUGGUGAUUGCUCACUGCUGCAAUGGGAAAAAAUGGUUACUGUACAGUGGAUAAGCAGAACAAUCCUUUGACUGGAUAGCAAAAUGAACAUCACUGAUGGGAGACAACAGACAUAACCUGCCUCAAUAUGUCAUUUCCUGAGAAGGACACAAUAUCCCUUACUUAGUAUUCUGGCUGGGGAUGCAAUAGAAUGAAUCUAAUCAUGAGAAAACAGCAGAUAAACCCAAAUUGAGGAACAUUCUUCAAAAAUAACUGGCCUGUAUUCUUUAAAAGUAUGUCAUUAAAGGUAGAGUAAGAAUUGUUCCAGAUUAAAUGAGAACAAAGACUAAAUAACAACUAAAUGCAAUAUGUUAUCCUGGACUGGAUCCUGGACUCUGAGGAGAAAAAGUAUAAAGGACAUUAUUGAGAUAAUUGAUGAAAUUGGGAUAAGGAUGAUUGAUAAGGAGAUGCAUGUAUACUACUGAAGAGUAAAGAGGUGUGAUGUAUUAUGAUGUAUGCAGCCCAAACUUCAAUAUGUACUUGGAGAGAACAAGAGAUUGAUAAUGCAAAUGUGGCAAAUGUCAACAACUGGUGAAUGUGGAUAAAGCACAUUUUGGAGUUCAUUUGCAAUUUUUUUGUGAGUUUGACAUUGUUUCAAAGUAAAAAAAAGAAAAAAAAAAUACAGGCCAGUAGAUCAAAGAUUAGAAUGAAGGUAGGAAAUAGAAACCCAACUAAAGACCCACCUCUGAAUUACAGAUAGAAAUCUGUUAUGAAACUAUUUUUUUCAGCUUGACAGAGUUUAUGAUUAUCAUCCUUUUUCAUAUGUUCAGCCUGUAUUGGAGAAAACACCAGAACUUCAGUGAACAUAAGUGAUUAGAUCAUGUUCCUCAGUUUGUUAAGGAAAGACCAACAUUUAAGGAGAAGUAGUGAAAAUUGAAAAUUGACUCUGAUGGACCUUCCAUGGUGGUCCAGUGGGUGAGACUUCUCCGUGCUUCCAAUGCAGGGGGCCCAGGUUCGAUCCCUGGAUGAGGAACUACAGCCCUCAAGUAUGCCGCAACUAAGAAGCCCACAUGCCACAACCAAAAGAUCCUGCAUACCACAAUGAAGAGCCCGUGUGCCACAACUAAGACCCAGCGCAGCCUAAAUAAAUAAAUAUUUUUUAAAAAAGAAAAUUGACUCUGAUAUUAAUGCAAUUAAGAUGCAUCUCUAGACAGAAUCGAACGGUGCAUGUAUAUUAUUAGAAUAUGACUGCUUUGGGCAGGCAUUUUUGGUAUUUGUUUAAACAUGAUCUUUGCCAUAUGUCCAAACACACCAUAUCUAUAGCCAGGGUCCAAACACAGCAGCUGAUUCUCUUUCUUCUGGACAAAUGGAGUAGUUUCCUUAUCCCAGGGAAAUACUUACAAACUCAACAUUCAUCGAAUUCUCCUUCCUUAGUAGUCCUUCACCUCCCUCCCCACACACCCCUGCCAAUCCUGAUAUCAUUUUACCCUUAGCAGAAUCUUAUUUCACUUUAGCAAUUUGCACAUUUGUAAAAUUGGACACCUAGGGUUUUAGUUUUCAAAGCAUUGCUCAAGGGGUGUAUCCCAGCUUCUUGGCUUCUUUAAACACGUGGGUGCAUCUGAGUGUUCGUGCUUAUGUGCGCACAUGACAAUCUGCUCCUGGAUAAACUGGCCCUCCGGUACUGUCUUGGAAUUCAAAUAAAGUUCUUGAUGUAUGGCUACAAGUUUCUUCACUGUGGUCAUGUUUUAGGAGCCAAACUCUGAGAAGGAAACAACUAUGUCAGUCCAUUUUCCAGGUGUUUACUAUGUGUUAUGAUGAUCAAGGAAAUUCUUUUGGAGAAUAGUUUUAUGAUUUUGAUAUCCACUAAUAUAUUUAAUAAGUGUGAGCUAGAUUGUUAUCUUUUUACUCAAUGGCAGUAAACAAAAUCCUUACAAAGGAUAAUAAAAUAUGCACAUGUAGUAAUACUGAGGAGAGGAGGGGCGUGAUGUAUUAUGAUGUAUGCAACCUAUUCUUCAAUAUGUAUUUCAAGAGAGCAAGAGAUUAACGAUGCA